AUGUCGUUGUCGUCAGGCAGAGGAACCUUGCCAGGUGGCGGCCCUGCCCCGGCCGGCGACAAUGACUCUGAUUUGGAAUACCCCGUCGAACUGCAACAGCUGGCGAACUUCAUCCGAAGCGAAGUAGCCUACGACGAUCAAAUCCAGGACUUCUACCUCCCCGUCGACCAAUUUUACCAACUUGUGCAGCUUUCAAGGGAUGGUAGAUUUGCGGGAUAUCCUAUCCGCUACGACUAUUCCACCGCCACCCAAGUUCUUUCUCUCAGAAUGUCGAGCGACAAACAUGACUUCUUCGUUGUCUUUCUCCUUGAUGACCUCGAACGUGGCCGCCAAAACUCCGCGGACGUUGAAUAUACAGCAUCGCUCGUAUUUAGCAAAACUUGUUCUUUGCAACAUGCGUCCAACGUCCGUGGGCACAUUGUCCACCGUGGACCUGACGCCGUACUCACAAACCCGCGCAGACUGCCAGUCGUCGUUUGUGAAGUCGGAUACGCGGAGCCACUAUUCUACCUGUUCGCUCGAGCAGAAGAGUAUAUCGAGAGUACUCGAGGUCGUAUCCGAGCUGUGAUCACAUUCGACCUCUCCUAUCCAAGAGGCAAGAGAGCACGUUUCAUCGUUUGGAGGGCAAGCUUUGGGGAAGACGGGCGGUUCAAGGAGGUCGUUCACGACCACCCCGUGGAGAUUCGCGACCCACACGGUGACAUGAACCCCGAUCCCGAGGCCGGACUCUUCCUGUUCCCCCAAGACUUUGGCUUUCCUCCAGCAGUGGACGCAGAUGCGGAUCGUCCUAUCCUCAGCGUGUCCGUGGAAGCUCUCUACGCGAACUUGAAAGAUUCGGAGGAACUCUGGGGAGACGAGGAAUCGGAGAGUGCGGAGGAAUCCCCGGAAGACGAGGGACUGGAGAGUGGAGAGAGUGGAGAGGAAACCUCAGAAGACGAGGAACUGGAGAGUGCAGUGGAAACCCCGGAACACGAGGGAAUGGAGAGUGGCGAGGAACUGGAGAGUGGUGAGGAACUGGGGCGUGCCACGUAUGCUCAGUUCAUAGAGCAAUUGGAGGAGUACGCGCAGUACGCGCAGGAGUGA